CUUCUUCCCCGUUACUUCCGACAAAACAAAACCCGCAAGCCGCCCGCCUCCUCCUCGCCGUCGCCGGUAUGGCCUGCUCCCAACUCGCCGCCGCCUCUUCACCGGCGGCCACCGCCUCCGCGUUGCGUUCCCGGGCGACAUCCCCCACGGUUUCCUUCGCGCGCAUCCCGGCGACCCUCCGUCCUGGGAGCGGUGGAUUGGUCAUCAGUAGCAGGAGGGCGGCGGCGUCGGUGGUCGUGGCCGCCGGACCGGCUGCGGCGGCGCCGGUGUCUGACCUGGACGGACGCCCGGCCACGGUGAAGCGGCCCAUCAUCGUCAUUGAUAACUACGACAGCUUUACCUACAACUUGUGCCAGUAUAUGGGGGAGCUUGGAUUAAAUUUUGAGGUGUACCGUAAUGACGAACUUACCGUGGAGGAUGUAAAGAGGAUGAACCCAAGAGGAAUACUUAUUUCUCCAGGACCUGGUGAACCACAAGAUUCAGGUAUAUCAUUGCAGACUGUUCUGGAACUCGGGCCAACCAUCCCGAUUUUUGGAGUUUGCAUGGGUCUGCAGUGCAUGGGAGAGGCUUUUGGAGGGAAGAUUGUCCGCGUUCCUUCUGGUGUGAUGCAUGGAAAAAGCUCCCCAGUUUACUAUGACGAAGAAUUAGGAAAGGCCAUAUUUGAUGGAUUGGCAAACCCUUUUACUGCUGCAAGAUACCAUAGUUUGGUCAUUGAGAAGGAAAGCUUUCCACAUGACGCCCUGGAAAUCACGGCAUGGACUGAAGAUGGACUUGUCAUGGCUGCUCGCCACAAGAAGUACAAGCAUAUCCAGGGGGUUCAAUUCCACCCAGAGAGUAUCAUCACCCCUGAAGGCAAGAGAAUCAUCCAAAACUUCGCUAGAUAUGUGGAAGAGUUUGAGAAGGAGAGCUCCAAGGGUAACUAGAAAAUAUUUUGAGAAGCAAAGCACAAAGGGGAACUAGAGGUUAUUGGUGACAUAUCAGGCAGGCAAGCCGAUUCAGAAAAGGAAUAAGCUAAAAGAGCAUAGGCUGCUAUUUGUUUGGUUCAUUGUAAUAUAUCAUUGUAGAUCUAGAUCUCAAAUAAACUUCAGAUCAACAUUGUGCAUCGUGGUGCUCUUCUGUUAAAUAAUGAGUGGAAAUUGAGCCUGUUUUAACAAAAAAAUUACUGGUUUUCUGA